GGGCAAAUGGGCGAGCGGAGGGAGAGAAUAGUCAAGUAGAAAGCAGGGGGAGGAGAGACAAUACACAAACUGAAUGCAAGAAAAAGCAGGAAGGAAAGAUGGGUUUAUUAGUAGAGGGGGAGGGAAGCACAGAGGGGUAGCUAUAAGUAGAUUACGAUGUACAUUCCUUACCUAUUCCCUCCUUUCCUUCCUAUUUACCCGAUACUUCCAAUCAAGCCACAGGUGAUUGGAGCAGGGAUCCAGUGUCUGUGUUACAUACUUACACGCAGACACUCAUACGCUCACAGGCACAGCUGUGGGAGGUCUGGUACACUGAAGGGACAAUGAGAAGCUGAAGAAAAGAGAGGGGAGGCUAAAUCUAUCCCCACAUAUAACAGGACACAGUGGACAGCAGACAGAGAAGGAUUGUGAGAAUGAGGGGGUCUCUCUGUAUGUAUGUAUCUUUAUAGCACCACGGCUAAAGGGGGCUUUCAAUUUGAAGCUAAAAGAAAAACCAAACACAGGGAACGCUCACAUGGGAUAGACUGUAAAUUAUCAAGAGAAGAGAAGCUGACAAUCUAAAAUAUGUGAAGGAAACAAAAACUUACAUCAUCUCCUACAUGCUCUUAGCUUCCCAUUUUUCACAAAUACCCCUUUUUGGCAGCAUGACACCUUCCCUACCUUGGAUGCCUACAUCUCUGCCCCCUGCCUCAGGUGUGGUGUCGCUACGUGGUCCCGGGUGGGGAAUAUUAUAUGGGAUGAUCUGUGGUUGUGGUGUCUUGUGCAAUGGACUGGUCCUAGUGGUGCUACUGAGCUGCCGACAAACCUUGGUGUCUGACCUGUACGUGGUGAACCUGGCCUUGGCUGACCUCCUUUCCUUACUUGGGAUGCCCCUCCUUAUCCAUCAGCUGCUCCAUGAUAGAGGUUGGGUCUUUGGUGAUAUACUGUGCCGUGCUGUGACUGCCCUGGACCUCAACAACCAGAUCACUGGUGUAGGCAUUAUCACUGCUCUCUGCGUUGACAGAUAUGUGGCAGUCGUGCACUCCUCCACCAUGGGCCAACGACGGAGUGUGCGAUGUACAUGGAUAGUGACAGGGUGUGUGUGGCUAUGCUCGCUCCUCCUCAGUACCCCUGCACUUCUGUACUCCGGAGUACGAUGGGGAGAAGGUGUGGCUCUGUGUGUACUGGAUCUUCCUGGAGCGCCCCCAUCCCUCUAUUGGUACACGCUGAUGCACAGUCUCCUGACAUUCCUCCUGCCUCUGUCAGUUAUUGUAGUGCUGUACUCCCUCACCCUCCACCACCUUUCUCGGGUUAUGAGGAGAGUCCAAAGGGCUCCAUCUCAGCGUAGCCGCAGGGUCACCCGAAUGGCUCUGGCUAUCGUCGCUGCUUUUCUGUUCUGCUGGGCUCCUUUCCAUGCAGUGCAGCUUGUAAAUCUGUUCUCCACUGGGCCUCCUUCAAGCUCUACUUUCUACCUCAAUCAAGCUGCUAUCUGCAUGGGAUAUGCUCACAGCUGUGUCAGCCCCCUGCUGGUCAUCUGCUGUACCGAGGGCUUCCGGGAGCGGCUGCCGCAUGCACGUUGUUGCCGUUUUUUCUUCCGUCGCUGGGCUGGAUUUUGGCCAAUUUCAGCCUUACCCCACCAUGGCCCAAGCUCUGCCAUUAACAGCCCUCCAAUUGAUGGGAUUUGUGCUCCUCAGCACCGAAGAAGGACUAUUCAUUUGGAGACCUCUCCGUGUUCUAUCACUGAAAACACCAGGAUCUGCCUUGGAGUGAGAGAUGAGAGCAGCGUUUUGUGAUAUCCGCAAAAAUAGGUGUUGCUGAAGUUAUUGUAAACCAUAUCAACCAAUCAGAUACGGUCAUUUUUUCCUAUUCCAGUUUAGAAAAUGAUAACAAUUUAUCUGAUUAGUUGCUAUAGAAUAAAGAAAUUUACUUGUG